AUGGCAUCCAAUGAAAAAAACGACAAGGAGGUGUCCCAUGUGGAGCACGGCCACGAAGACGAUCAUGUCAAAUCCGACGAUCUUGCAAGACAGGCGGCCGCAGCGGAACACCAGUAUACAUUCAUGCAAGCGAUUCGCAAAUACCCUAAAGCGGCAAUGUGGUCAGUCCUGCUUUCAACCUGCAUUAUCAUGGAGGGCUACGAUAUUGUUCUCAUGUCCUCCUUUUUCGCCCAACCAGCCUUUAAGAAACGCUACGGCUCGUAUAUAGCGAGCAGUGACAGCUACCAGAUCACUGCUUCCUGGCAGAAUGGCCUCAGCAAUGCAGUCUCUGUCGGCACCAUCGUGGGCGCCUUUGCCAAUGGGUAUUUCACACAUCGAUUUGGCUACCGCAAGGUGCUGCUGGCAAGCUUGGUUGCAAUCACAGCUUUCAUAUUCAUCCCCUUCUUUGCCACAAACUUACCUGUCCUCUUGGUGGGUGAACUUUUAUGCGGUAUUCCUUGGGGAGUUUUUGCAACCAUGGCACCUGCGUACGCGUCUGAAGUCUGUCCUCUCUCCCUGCGCGGUUAUCUUACUGUAUAUGUGAACCUAUGCUGGGCAAUUGGUCAGCUUAUCUCGGCCGGAGUGCAGUCAGGGUUUUCUGAAUACACAACGGAGUGGGGAUAUCGUAUACCCUUUGCUAUCCAGUGGGCGUGGCCUAUUCCGCUGUUCGUUAUCCUGCUGUUCGCUCCAGAGUCCCCCUGGUAUUUUGUCCGGCAAGGCAAUUAUGGAUCUGCGGAGCGAAGCAUGAUUCGUCUAGGCUUUGACGCAAAUGGUGGAGCGAAACAAGGUGUGGCGAUGAUGAUCCACACUAACGAGCUGGAGAAGCAAAUUGACGAAGGCACAAGUUACUGGGAUUGUUUCCGUGGUGUUGAUCGUCGCCGGACUGAGAUUGCCUGUAUGGCCUUCGCCGCCCAACCAUUCUGUGGCUCAGCUAUGGGUGGCACUCCAACCUACUUCUUCGAGCAGGCCGGCCUACCGUUGUCAAUCUCAUUCAAAAUGUCCGUGGGAGGUCUCGGACUCGCCUUUGUUGGCACUGUUGUCUCAUGGUAUCUUCUGCAUGCCUUCGGUCGUCGUAUUCUUUAUCUUUGGGGGUUGGGCCUUCUAACUAUCAUUUUGAUAGUAGUGGGCUUCGUCUCUGUAGGGGCCGGAGACUCAGUUGAGGGGAACUAUGCGCAAGCAACAAUGAUGCUUCUUUGGCUGCUUACUUACUACCUCACUGUUGGGCCAAUAUGCUAUGCGAUUAUCAGUGAGACCUCAUCUACGCGCCUACGAAACAAGUCUGUUUGUCUUGCUCGUAUUGUCUACUACAUCUCGCAGAUCAUCUGCAAUGUUAUCAAUCCAUAUAUGCUGAACCCUACAGCUGGAAAUUGGAAGGGCAAGACUGGGUUUUUCUGGGGUGGCUGCGCCUUGGCCUUUUUUGUUUGGACAUUCUUUAGGCUACCCGAGACGAAGGGUAGGACGUUCGAGGAGUUGGAUAUUCUAUUUGUGCGUAGGGUUGGCGCCAGGGACUUCUCCAAGUAUUGUGUGGAUGCAUACGCUGAGGAUAACGAGGCUGUCAUGUUGAAAGACUAA